AUGGCUGAUUUCAUUAAUGAAGAUCUAGUCGUAGACGUAGACGCUUGGGACGCAGUUGACGAUGAUGCUGCUAACGAUGUUACGACGGAUGACAGCGAUCAUGGUGCAGCCAGUGAUACUCGGGAGCAGUAUUGGGAUACAGAUUCCGGUCGCUCAGACGAGAUAACUUGGGGUUCGCCUCCAAUCGACCCUCACGUAUCCGCUCGCGCUGGAGCCCCAUACGAAGACGAGGAUUUCGGGUGGCGUCCGAGAUCUUCAGGAUGGCCGCGUAAUUCUGUUCGCGGUGCUCAUCUGUAUCCUGCUCAUGCGAGUUCACUAGAUGUGAGAGAAGACGAGAAUCCAUGGGCAGAAUCCGCCACGCAGACGCCGGAGCCGUCAGCGAUAGAAGAGGGCUUAGAUCCUGAAGAUACAUUGAUUAAUACGGCGCAAACCGUCACCACUCCUGCGCCAUCUGAAGGCGUGAACGGCUCGAGAAAUCGUCUACCUGCUGAUAAUCUCGACGUGUUCGCGUACGUCCUGGGCUGUCUGGUACCUCGGAUCAGCGAGACUCCCGUAGACGGAUACUUUCGUCCAGGAGAACCUGGUCACGAUGCUCUGAUGUCUAUCAAGUCGGUGUUGCAUUCGUGUCGGCUGUGGCGUUAUACCACGCUGCAGUUGAAGGCGACUGUCUGGGGGCCUCUGGUUGCCGCCGCUCGUGAUGAAACCAGUUGGCAGGCUGCGCUCGAGAAGGCCGGUGACGCGAACAUACGUAUUGUUUACUGCACGGGUGUGCCCCACGAGUUAUGUGACGCUGAGCUUCAUCGUGCGUCAGCCGUCUACGCGGGCAGGGAUUUAGAUUGGCGUAACUUCGGGCCUCUUCUGGUAAAUGCCGACCUGAAGAACUUGGAAGUCCUCUACCUGUGUCCCAACAGGCGGCUCAUGCCUAAGUCGGGCUUACGCAUGUACGGGCCACUCGAUGCGCCAGCUAUGCGUAUCUGCGUCACUGCCACGCCGUUCCUCCUCCGGACUCCCAAAUUGCGGUAUCUCGGUCUCCAACACCAGUCGCGCACUCAAGUGCUCAGCGUACUAUCUGGGGUUAGAGAUAUCCCUCUGGUGUGGCUCGCUAUCGACAGACCGCGAGAGUCCGGUGUGAUCGACGCCUCUGAGAUUGUGCAGGCCAUUACGACGGAGCAGCUCAGGUUCUUACGCAUUGCUGCAUCGACGCGUCAGUUCCCCAUUCUGGACACUAGCGUCGAGCCCACUCCUUGUCCAUCGCUCGAGGUCGCGGAUGUCAGCGGCCCGUCAUGGCUGGCAGCACCCCGCCUGGAUAUCGCACAGGUGUUCGGAGCACAUCCAGGAGAGGUACUUUCCAUGCUCAGCCGAGCUAUGAACGUACGGGUUCUGCGCACCAAAUGGCGCAAUCCCUGGAGUCGCGACUUCACGCCGGCACUCGAGGUGCCAUUUGACGCAUCAUCCCCUGUGAAGUUGCUGCGUCUCGAGAAGCUGGAGGUCGCUGGGAUCAUGACCAGAGAGACGCAGCAGUUUCUGGCAGGGCUGUCGGCGCCGAAUCUGGCGGAGAUGCUGAUGUUCUGCGAAAUGCCGCCCCCGCCUGUACACAACGUCUUGGUAUCGUCACGAGAGGCCCUCCACGCGGAACUGCAGAGCUUAGACAACGCGCUAAGCACGCGAGAUGACCUGGCGCACCUACUUAUCAAUACGAGGAACAACCUGCGGGCCGCUGGACACGAUGGAGUUGCCCAGGUCAUGACGAGAACGCCCAACUUUCCUCAAGCCUGGACACCCGCUGAGUGGCCGAACGUUGCGGAGCUACGUGCCAUGACGAGGGACUCUCUGGACGGUCUGGCGGCCGCCAUAGAAGCUCCUGCCGCUCGCCACAACGGCUAUUUGCUGCGAGAGGUUGUCCGAGCUGCUAUGCUUGCAACGGCUUUGUCGGCAGACGAUGUUGCAGUGAUGAAGCUCAAGUCGAAUCGGGACGCAGCGGAGUUCGUGUUGUCGUAUCGCGAUGGCGCCCGCACGAUGACAUUCGCCAUGGCUGGCUCGCGGGCCAGCCAGUGGGGCACAUCCUGGGAGACUAUGGGCGACUCAAUACUGUAUGCCCUGGCUCGUAUGCUAUUCGGGCUUUCGGUAGCGCAGACGGCGGAGCUACACGUCGUCGGCGAACCAUUUGCACAUCUGUGGCCACCCAACGGGCCAGACGUGGACGCGCUACUGGAGUCGCUACGGGAGUAUGCCAUGGUUCACACACUUCGUGUGGACUACGGAUAUACUUACAUGUCUGCGAAUUCAUGCCAGUUCCUGCGAGUGAUUCGCGACGCCACGGUGCUCCCGUCUCUGCGUUCGGUAGUGGUGCGGUGUGCCCCGAAAUGGUUGGAUCGCGGUCGAACAAGUCAGGUAGACGCUCGGGUCACAGCCAUCAUGGGCGCACUGAAAGAAGUGCUCGAGAGUCGCAUGGCUAGGGCAGGACCGCUGAUGACGCUGGAGCUGGAGGGGGCUUGCUGCAUUCCCGCAGUGGACGUGAAGACGCUGAAGGGUUGGGUAACCUCCGUGAUUCUAUCGACGGUGUGUAUUCGAGCAGAGGACGGACAGUGGUGUCCCGUAUGUAGCGAGGCGAAAUAA